AUGAUCCACCCGGAAGGUAAUCAAGCUGUCCAAGAGCAGUGGAAGAAGGAUAUUGGAGACCUACAUCUGCUCUACGAUUACGAUGCUAAGAAUCCGGAGACGGGCGCACCCGAGAAAUGGCGAUAUGAGAUGUGGUUCUCUCAUGAAGAUCGAAUAACAUAUGCGAUACACGGUGGACCCAUGGCUGGAAGGUAUAAUUACCAAAAAGCAGAUUAUCAAUGUAUUCGACCCGGGGAACUAUGGCAAUGCAACUGGUUGGAAGAGACUGGAACUAUCGUUUCGUUGGUCUACGAUAUCCCCAAUAAGAAGAUCACCACCCUCUUAGCAUUCUCGAUUGGACAUUGGUCCAAACCGGAAUCUGCACAUGGGGAUAAACGUAACUCAGAAGAUUUCGAGCGAUGGCGUGGACUAGCCAAAAUUGGGGACUCUCAAACUGCCAGAUUCCUAUUGAAUGAUCAGGCUGAUAUAGUCGAGGAAUUCAGAGGUAAAGGAGACUUGCAACCUAUCGAUCCGAGUUGGCCUACUCUUUAG